GGCGGCAACGCGGGAACCGGCGGCAACGCGGGAACCUCCCCCCGGGACUCCGCCCACCACCGCCGCUUCCGGCGCGCUCCGGCCAAUGAGCGCGCGGCGCAGCCGCCCCGCCCAGUGCGGCCCGUGGCGCGGAGCUGGCGGUGCGGCCCGGCCGUGGCUGGUGACAAGCACUGAGGUUCUGCACCGAGCUCCGCAGCUGCGAGAAAUGGCCUCGGAAGACCCUGAGAAGAAGACUGAAGUGGUGCUGCUGGCCUGCGGCUCCUUCAACCCCAUCACCAACAUGCACCUGAGGCUGUUUGAGCUGGCAAGAGACUAUUUCCAUGAAACAGGAAAAUACAAAGUAAUCAAAGGAAUAAUUUCACCAGUAGGUGAUGCAUAUAAGAAGAAAGGUCUGAUCAGCGCACAUCACCGAGUAACUAUGGCAAAACUAGCUACAAAAAACUCAGAUUGGGUGGAAGUUGAUGAUUGGGAAAGCAGCCAGAGUGAGUGGUUGGAAACACUAAAAGUUUUAAGGUACCAUCAUCAAAAGCUUUUAUCUCCUGAUCCCACCAAUAGUACGCAGAAUGCUCUACCUUUAACAAAGCCAGGACGGAAGAGGAAACAGGACCCACACAAGCAUGAUCCGGUUAAAAAGAAAAAUCAGAGUCCAGAUAUAAAAGGUGCCCCGCAGGUUAAACUGCUUUGUGGAAGUGACAUGCUGGAAUCCUUUAGGAUCUCCAAUCUGUGGAAGUUGGAGGACAUCACUGAAAUUGUGGAAAAUCAUGGCCUUGUUUGCAUCAGUAGGGCUGGAAACAACGUCCAGAAAUUCAUCUAUGAAUCCGAUCUUUUGUGGAGACAUAAGAAUAACAUUCACCUUGUGGAAGAAUGGAUCACAAAUGACAUUUCUUCCACCAAGAUUAGGAGAGCACUGCGGAGGGGCCAGAGCAUUCGUUACUUAGUGCCUGAUGUAGUUCAAGCGUACAUAGAGAAAAACAAUCUGUAUAGUCCUGAGAGUGAAGACAGGAACGCUGGGGUUGUCUUGGCUCCCUUACAGAAAUAUGCAAGUGAUGCCAAGAACUAACAGGCACUCUACAACUAAUUUACUUUCUGCUGUGAAAAAAGUUACGGUUCGGUACAUGAAAAUGUGAAUUCUGGGGAUUUCUUUUUUAAUUUUAAGUAAAUAGUGGGGUAAUUCUGUGGUUUUUAGUACAUAUGUGGUUGCUGUUGAGGUUUGGUGCACUCAGUAAUUGGACCUACACAAUCUUUUUUAAAUCCACAUUUUUCACAUUUAAACACUUUGUCACAGUGUAGUGAACUAAGUAGAAAAAUUCACACUUGCAUAUAAAAAGUACAAAGAACCAAAUGAAAAUGUUCUGAUUAGUUUUCACUCAGACUGCGAUUUAUAAAAUACUAACACAAAGAUUUUUAAUAACUUACAGUGUCUUAACCGACAAAGCCAUUUCAUUUCAAAAGGUACCACCUUCUGGUAGUAAAUCUGUAUAAGUAAUUUUUAAAAAACUGUCAACAUGUGGUGCACCUCAAAUAAAUUAUUUAUCUCUAUUCUGGAAGGGAAAAAUUUCCUCUUGGCUGAUGUGGUGCUGGAUACACCAUGUUUGAGUUUCCUGCCUUUCAGAUACGCCGCCUGUUUGUCUGCCGGCCUGCAUUUUGCUCCCAGAAAUGCCUUGUGCUUUACUUUGCCGUUCAUGUUUCCAGAGCUGUACAUUAAGCUCCGCACUAUUUCCCAUGGAAGGACAAACCUACUUCAGAAACUGCUUUAUGGACAUUGAUUUAAUGGAUAUAAGUUGGUAAUAGUGUCAUUGCACUGACUGUUAUUUCAAGUAAUAAACGAGCUUUUACUUUGGAGCCAAAUGUAUAUAGCCAGAAUUGUUUUCUGUAACUGGAGCUGAGAUGAAAUGGUGGGAUAUUAAGACUGUACAAAAGUGAAAUGUUUUUAUGUGCUAGAAAUCUGGUUUUGAAUCAGUAUAUUGUUUGUGUUACGUGAAUAUAAACUAGAGAGGCACUGCGAAUGUCAUGGUGAUAGAAUUCUACCUCCCUUUAUGUGCUGUGAUCCCAUUUUUGUUUGGAUUAUGUGCCUUAUUAAAAACGUCGACGUUUCCAAGAUGCUA